GUUCCGGGUGCGGCGCGCGCCGGGGGCGGUGUCCUGGCCAUGGCCGGUCUGUCGGACCUGGAGCUGCGGCGGGAGCUGCAGGCCCUGGGCUUCCAGCCGGGCCCCAUCACCGACACCACCCGGGACGUCUACCGCAACAAGCUGCGCCGCCUGCGCGGCGAGGCCCGGCUGCGCGGCGAGGAGCGGCCGCGGGAGGCGGCCCGGCUGCGCGAGGAGGCGCCGCUGCGCGCCCGGCCCGCCGCGGCCUCCCCGCGGGCGGAGCCCUGGCUCUCCCCGGCGGCUUCGGGCCCGGCCUAUGCGACGCCCGGGGCCUACGGUGACUUCGGAGCCCCCGCGGCCUCCUGGUCCGGGAGCCGCGGCCUCGCCCGCCCCGCGCCGCUCAGACGCCGCGCUUCCGCCCGGGGCAGCUCCGAGGAGGACGAGGACGGCCGGCCGUUCGGCAGGACCGCGCCGGGCGCCAGCCCCGGGCUCCGGCGCUGGUGGGCCGCGUCUCCGGCCUCGGCGCGGCCGCCCUCCGCCCUCCUCGGCCCCGACCCGCGCCCGGGCCUGCGGGCGACGAGAGCCGGCCCGGCGGCCUCGGCGCGCGCCCGGCCCGAGGCGGGGCGGCGGCUGGAAAGCUGCCUGUCCCGGCUCCUGCUCUGGGCCAGCCUGGGGCUGCUGCUCCUCUUCCUGGGCAUCCUCUGGGUGAAGAUGGGCAAGCCCUCGGCGCCGCAGGAGGCGGAGGACAACAUGAAAUUACUGCCAGUGGACUGUGAGACAAAAACAGAUGAGUUCUGUCAGGCCAAGCAGAAGGCGGCCUUGCUGGAGCUGCUGCACGAGCUGUACAACUUCCUGGCCAUCCAGGCGGGUAAUUUUGAAUGUGGAAAUCCAGAGAAGCUAAAGAGCAAAUGCAUUCCUGUCAUGGAAGCCCAGGAAUAUAUAGCAAAUGUGACCAGCAGCUCCUCCACCAAGUUUGAAGCCGCGCUGACUUGGAUACUGAGCAGUAACAAGGACGUGGGCAUUUGGUUGAAAGGGGAGGACCCGUCCGAGCUGGUGACCACGGUGGACAAGGUGGCCUGCCUGGAGUCCUCGCGGCCCCGCAUGGGUGUUGGCUGCCGCCUGAGCCGCGCCCUGCUCACAGCUGUUACCAGCCUGCUCCUCUGCUUCUGGUGCUUGGCCUUCCUGUGGGGGCUCCUGAUCCUCCUGAAGUACCGGUGGCGGAAGUUGGAAGAGGAGGAGCAGGCCAUGUAUGAAAUGGUGAAGAAGAUCAUAGACGUGGUCCAGGACCACUACGUAGACUGGGAGCAGGACAUGGAGCGCUACCCAUACGUGGGCAUUCUGCACGUGCGCGACACCCUGAUCCCGCCGCAGAGCCGGAGGCGCAUGAAGCGGGUGUGGGACCGGGCGGUGGAGUUCCUGGCCUCCAACGAAUCACGGAUCCAGACGGAGUCCCACCGCGUGGCCGGGGAAGAUAUGCUGGUGUGGAGAUGGACUAAGCCCUCUUCCUUCUCUGACUCAGAGCGAUAAACCCUGGGCGGGGGCGGUAUCGAAUAAGCCUUUCCCAGGCCAGUCCCCUCCGGGACGGACGCGAGAGGGCCACGCCCUGCCGGUGCUGAAUUCACACUUGCCUUGACUCACCCGCCUCCUGACCUUGGUUCCAAAGGUGUGAGACUGGGCUCCGUGGGAAAACGUGAGCGUCCUUAGAGGGCAAGGGGAGGAGCCAGGGGGCCGCUGCCUCUGCAUCUGGCCAUCCUCUCUACCCAGUGUUGCUGGCACAAAGAGGAGAGGGGUUGGUUUUUCACGAAAAAAUAAAAGCGCAGGGGCCAUGAGCCCUUGCAGAGCAAGUGUGCACCCGGUGAGCCCACCGCGCCCGCGGGAGGUGGUUUGGGGUGGCGGGCUGGGGCGGCAGGGCCUGGGGAGCAGCUUGGUCAUGUGCCUUCGCGGGGUGUUCCUGGGGAGCCCAGGAGUGAGGGAGAAAGCCUCCUCGAGCUGGGUGGGGCCUGUGAUCCCGAGGGGAAGGGGCUGGAAGUUAGAACUAAGUACCCUAGGAGAACUGUUUAGACACGGUCUGGGCGCGCGAGGGCUCUGGCUGGGGGGCCUGAGCAGCUGGGGUGAUAUCCCGGAAGGAACCCCGCGGAGAGGCGAGUCGGGCUGCCGCCAGCUGGGCGGCCCCGCGGAGCCUGGAACUCCCUGUGGGUGAGGAUCGCUGGGUUGACGGUGACCACCCCGCCUCCCCGCCCCGGGGCGAUUUGCCGGAACCUCGGCUGCUGGGCUCCGGGCGGGAGUGAGGGCGCCCCCUGCCGCCCCGGGCUCUAGCCCUUCGCGCCCCGCCCUCCCCGCCGGCGGAGCGCCCCCAAACCCUCGCGGGGGCCUGAUGAGCUCAGGGCUGGGGCCCCUCCGGGUGAGCCACAUCCCCGCGGGCUUUGGUCCGCGGCGGGCGGGGGAGGGGACGAGCCGAGGAGACGGAACAGCUGCCUCCAAAAGGCAUUAAGCACCUCUCUGGUCUUACUGGUAUUUUUUGUUUCCUUAAUAAAGCGCCAGUCUCCCUCAUUUGAGCAAUACUCUCUCAUUUCCUCUGAUGUCUGGGGUGAUGGGCGGGCCUGGAAUCCCAGCGCCUGCCCCAUGGCAAAGCAGGUCUCAUAAGCAGGCUCCAGCCAGAAGAAACUGCAACAGGCUUCACUAUCAGGGCUGAACUGUUGGAUAAAUAAAUACUUAUUAAAAAUG